AUGGCUAGCUCUUCAUUCCGGCUGUCGCAACUGGCGAUUCCAUCAGUUUGCAUCUUAAUUAGCUUCCUCGCAUACAGCUCGCAGUACUUCUUCCUGUACUUCGAGCCAGCUCCACUGAGAGACACUGAAUUAUGGCGCCUUAACAUCUUUGCCCUGUGCAUCUGGAUAUGCUAUUAUCGAACCUGCACUGUAGAUCCUGGUCAUAUUCCCAAAGAUUGGAAACCAUUAGACAGUAAGCAACUGGAAGCCGACCGUGCUAGUGGUCGUCAACGAUGGUGCCGUAAAUGUGAGGCAUACAAGCCGCCAAGAGCCCACCAUUGCCGGACGUGCCAAAGAUGCAUCCCCAAAAUGGACCAUCACUGCCCAUGGACCUCGAACUGUGUCUCGCACUUCACGUUCCCUCAUUUCGUGCGUUUUCUAUUUUACGCCGUAACGGGAAUGUCUUAUCUUGAGACUCUUCUCUAUGAGAGAGCAUCAAUCAUUUGGGCCUCCCGAAAUCGUCCAAGCUAUUUAGGGCCUAGUGCGCUGCAGAUGGGCCAUCUAUUCGUUCUCCUUGUGGUGAACAGCUUCACGGUCUUCUUUCUCAUGAUUCUUCUCGGUCGAACCAUCUGGUCUAUGAGCAUCAAUACAACUACUAUUGAAGAAUGGGAAAUUGAGAGACACCAAACACUGGUUCGUCGAUCCCGCCACUUCGGUGGGUAUUUGACCGGGCCAGGUGGCGUCAGGAUUCGGAUCAGAAAACAAGAAUUCCCAUACGAUAUCGGGAUCUGGUCCAAUAUCAAGGCGGGGAUGGGUGGAACUGCAAAUGUUCUUAGCUGGUUUUGGCCGUUAGCCAGGACACCUGACCGUCGGACGGGAUUAGAGUUCGAAGUGAAUGACUUCGAAGAUCCUGAUGUUACCUGGCCACCCCCCGACCCAGAUAGGAUCCCGGUUACAGCUAGAGCAGCUAUGGACGAUAUUGAGCCCCGGACUCCAUCCAUCUACGGGAGUGCAGGGGGAAUGCCCAUUGGGGGCCCGAAUGCUACUCUGAGAGCUAGCCAGGACAUCAGACAUGGUGAGGAAGGCUGGAAGAACUCUGAAGGCGAGAGACUUCGUGACUUUGGAGUGGAAGAGGACAUUGAGUUUUACGACGAAGAGGACAUCCCACUGGCCAUUUUGAUGCAACAGAAAGCACAGCGACAAUGA